CCAAAAAAAAUAAAUAAUCACAGCGGUAACAUGGACGGCUUCUAUGACCAGCAGGUCCCAUUUAUGGUCCCACCCAGUCACAAGUCUCACGUGGAGGAACCGUCGCACAGCAGGCCUCUGAGCGACAGGAAAAGGAAGUUUGUGGACACAGAACUCGCCCAGGACACGGAAGAACUCUUCCAAGAUCUCAGUCAGCUGCAAGAAAUCUGGAUUGCAGAAGCCCAGGUGCCUGAUGACGAACAGUUUGUCCCAGAUUUCCAGUCGGAUAGCUUGAUGUUUCAUGGCCCGCCGCCAGCAAAGAUCAAACGCGAGCUGACUCCCUCCAAAGAGUUUUCUCCCUGUCGCCAGGACCGGAGUCCCAUGCCCUACGGAGAGAAGUGCCUUUACAGCUACAGUGCCUGUGACAGGAAGCCCGCAUCCGGGUUCAAGCCAUUAACUCCCCCCUCCACGCCAGUCUCUCCUUGCGGCCCCACCAGCACGGCAGGGACGCACCCGCUGAGCGAGCAGACCCCUCCUCCUCCUCCUCACCCCCAUGUAGCCAACCCGACCCCGGGGCCACGUCCGGUGCACCUGCAGCAGCAGAUAACGGCGAGCUCUCCCAACCAGCAGGCCCUCCCGGUCCACAGCCACAGCCCGCCCUUCGCCGUGCCCUGCGCCCCCAUCAACCAGGAUGCCAACAACUUCACACCUGAGCACAGGUUCCAGCGGCAGAUGUCAGAGCCAUGUCUACCUUUCCCCCCCUCAGAGAGGCAAGGGCGACCCCAGUUCAUGCCCCAGCCUCCCAACAACAACAACAACAACAACAACAGCAGCAGCAACAGUCUGUCACGUGACGGCCGGCCGCCGUACCACCGCCAGAUGUCAGAGCCCUUGGUAGCGGUGCCCCCCCAGGGAUUCAAGCAGGAGCUCAUCGACCCCCGCUACACAGAGCAGGGCGUCCCCACCAUGGGUCCCCCGGGGGCUCCGAGACAGGCUGCUUUCCACCCGAUGGCCAUCAAGCCGGAGCCACGCGACUUCUGCUUCGAUUCCGAAGUGCCUAACUGUCAGUCGUCGUUUGGGCGAGCGGGGAGCUUCUACCAAAAUAACCAUGAAAGCUUCUCCUUUGACAGAGAUCCUCAGAUGUACUUUGACGAUACCUGUGUGGUCCCUGAAAGAUUAGAAGGUAAAGUGAAACAGGAACCCUCUGUCUAUCGGGACGGCCCUCCCUACCAGCGCCGUGGCUCCCUGCAGCUCUGGCAGUUCCUGGUCACACUACUGGACGACCCGGCCAACGGACACUUCAUAGCCUGGACCGGCCGCGGCAUGGAGUUCAAACUGAUUGAGCCCGAGGAGGUGGCUCGUCGCUGGGGCAUCCAGAAGAACAGGCCGGCCAUGAACUACGACAAGCUGAGCCGCUCACUGCGCUACUACUACGAGAAGGGCAUCAUGCAGAAGGUAAAGGUGGCCGGUGAGAGGUACGUGUACAAGUUCGUGUGCGACCCCGAGGCUCUCUUCUCCAUGGCCUUCCCCGACAACCAGAGGCCCAACCUGAAGGCGGACCCGGACAGCCUGCCGGGCCAGGACGACGACACCGUGCCCCUCACCCACUACGAGGACACGGCGCCCUACCUGCUGGACGCCGGGGAGCAGUGCGUGGUGGGCCUGCCCUUCUCCGACGGCUACGGCUACUAGCGAGCGGCGGAAAGGAGGCGGGGGGGGGAUUCCUGACGCACGACACACAUAUGCACACGCAAACACUCCCCCCCCAAAAGUCUCUCUCGACGGCCCACUCUCAAAGCAAAUCCAGAGCUGGAAACUGCUGAGCCGCCUGGAAGGAAAGGCCUCGCACUCUUGCCUCCUUCAUGGUUUCCUCUCCGGCUCCCCUGGAAAAACCUUCAUGGAACUCUGUAAGCUCCCAAAGCUAAGAAUGAAUGACAGACUGGGGGGGGGAAGCCUGUGAGAGAGAGGGUUGUGAAAGCGGUGAGGGUGAACUGGACUGCAAAAGGGGGCUGCUGUUGCUACGGAGACCAAACGGAGCGAGGCCACACGCCGCCAUCUUUUAAACAGAACUGCCAAGGCCCCCGUUUGUACCGCGAGAGCUGUUGCAUUUCUGAUUUUGUGACAAUCUGCUUUUCUUAAAAACAAUCAAGUAACCAAACAGAGUCAAAACAUAAAAAAAGUACUCUAAAUGCAGCACUAUUCUAUAGUUGCCUUUUUUGGUUACCCCCCCAUUUUAAUGUCGCCACAUCUGAACUACAAGAUCCGUGAAAGGGCUUUAAUUUGCAUAAAACGGAUUCACAAACACACACACAACAUAUUCUAAAAACCACAGAUUUGUUUUCUGUAGAUAGACUUUUUUUUUUUUUUAUAAAUGCCAGCUGUUCUACACUUACAAAUUUUUUUUUUUCUCUCUCUGAGACCCAGAACUCUCAGGUUUCGGGUGCGUUGCUGUAUUUCAGGCUAGUCGGUCGGGCCGCUCUCGUGUAAACGUGUAAAACGCUCUUUUAAUCGUUCUGCCCGUGUGCGUGAUUGUAUCCGCUUUUUUCCCUUUUUUAGAGACCUUACAGCACGGUGGGAGCCCACACGGUCAAUACAGUCCAACGACUCUCUCGUCUGCUCAUCCCUGCUGGGUCCUCAAGUUCAGAGAUGAUUAGCACUCCAUCUCCUCCGUUUCAAAAGGGACACAUAAGUACAUAUUUUCCCCAGAGGCGUUAAUGAUACAUUUUAAAAAACGGUUAUUAUCUAUGACAAAUGGUCCCGUUGCUCCUUUUAAAUUUUUUUUUUUUUUUUUUUUUUUUGUAUUUCAGUCUGGGUGCUUGAUGUUUUUCUUGGCAGUGUACUAGUUCCUCUGAUGCACCAGUAUGGCAGGAGCAUCAGGGUGUUGCAUGCAAGUUUAAAAAAAAAAAAAAAAAAAGAAGAAGAAGAAGAUGACCCUUCUUUUGGACGCCUCUCUGCCAGUCACACGUUGUCAACAGGAGAGUUCUGCUUCUCUUUGCAUGGUGUAAUCAGUCAAGACUCUGUGUCCACUAACAUAUCGCUUUAACUGUCUUUUGGACAAAGAAGAUAUUUGUGAUAUUCUCUGCAUUUCUUUUUUUUUUGUUGUUGUUUUUUUUUGUGUUCAUUAUCUAUGUUUCUGAAAGGGGAGGGUCGGAGGAGGGGGGGCGAAGACAAAACGUAUAUAAAGUAUAUAUUUUUGCUAUAAGGCUGCAUUUGUUUUGAUUUUAAUGUAUAAGCUGUAUAGUUUAGGCUCUAAUAGACAUGUACCUUUUUAAAAAAAACAACAAAAAAACAAUCCCGAUCCUUAUGAUGCUACUACUGCAGACUGUUUCUUUAAGAGGCCUCAAGGUUGGAGAAUGGAUGAGAAGAUGAUAUGAUCUUGCCUGUAAAGUUGUGUGUGUGUGUGUGAGUGUGUGUGUGUUUGUGUGUUUUUAAAGGCCGAAGUUCCACCAAAGGCCACAAUGACGACACACAUAAUAUCAUGGGAUUGUCUGCACUUGUAUAGGCUUCAAUCCUGUCCCCCCCCCCCCUCACAAUGUGUUUCUUACACUGCUGAGUUUAUGAUAAUCUGUACUGGGUACAAUAAACGCUCCUUUAUGCU